AUGAAGGACGGUACCGGAGUAGGAGAGCCGGCUCCUUCCCGCGGGGACGUGUACGCGGACUAUGUCAAGUGUUACCUGGAGGAGCGUGCAGAGGUCGGGCCGUGCCGCGACCCUCAGCUGCUGAAGAAGGCGGCUCAGUAUCUACUGAGCGAGGCGGAGAUCGGCGGGACUUUCACAAUGUUCCCUUUUUACCAGGCUGUGACUGAGCGCUGUGAGGCUCAGAGCGACUUCAGGAAACACCUGUCCGCCUUCAUCAGAGCCUCAGAAGUGCUGGAAACUCUGUGCGUCAACCUGUUCCUACAGCCCUGGAAGAAGGAAAUCAGGACACUAAAGACAUUUACAGGUCCAUUUGUUUACUGUCUUGAGCCAGUUUUCAGCAAUUCCACCAUACAGUCUGUCCUGGCCUCCAUUGGUUAUGUGCCUCAUACAGACCCCAAACAAUGUGAGUACAGGCUCAGUGAGGAUGUUAAUGCAGACAAAGCUAUGCUCGUUGGUUUUGAGCUGCUCUUGGCCAGAGUGGAAUGUAACCACUUCCUGGAACUUCAGGAGGAUCAACUGAGACCACAGGAGUGGCUCGAUGUUCUUCAGAGAAGAGAGCGAGCUGUGAAACUGACUGAAUGCACGGAAAACAAGACGGCAACGGAACAAACAGAGGACGAGGAGGAAAAGAAGACGGAGGAGGAGGUGGAUAAAAAAGAGGUACUGUACUUGGACACCAGGCUUGUAACAACCCCCCAGCCUAAGCCUCAGCAUUACCACUUCUGCAGUGUAGACCCGUCUAUUAUGGAGAUGCAGAGGACCUACCCUGACCUGGCCAUCAGGGGCCGGCCCCUGCUUCCAGACAAGCCCCACAAAGUCUGCAGCAGCACUAAAGCUGUGAGUGCCGCUGACCUGCCCAAGACAGACUGCACUGAGAAUCCCUGCACUGCUGUCGCACCUGUGCUCAUUACCAACGACGACGGCAAAGCUCAGCAAAGUUUGGACGGCAGUCAGAGAGGCAGACAUGGUAACGGCAGGAACAGCGGAGGGGCAAGCGCUCCAGGGGACACCGGCAGCGACACCCACAGAAGCAGAGUGGAUGAUGAGCUCAGUGGCCCCAAGGCCAUUUCCCUCCACAUCACACUCAGAGCAGGAGCCACAGCACAGCCUCCAACACAGCACAACACUGGGACACAAGAUGAGAGUCCGGUCAAGUCAGAGCUUUCCUCUCUGAGCUCCGUGGACGAGGAGGAGCAGGAGCUGAGAGGGUUGGUGGAGUGGAUGGGACAAGUGCGCGUGCAGGAAAAUGAACAUGAGACAACAAGAAAAGAAGGGGACAACACAAACAAAGACAGGAGGAAACGAAUAAAAAAAGCAAACACAGACGGAGAUACAAAGAAGAGAAGCCUCAGGAAGCCAGUGAUGGGAAAAGCUUCAGUGCUGAGUCAUGACGACGGCACACACACGAGGCCACAACAGUGUGACGCGACAGUGACGAACGAGCAGCCCGCCGAGUGUCAGCCCUCGCCUCCGGCCGACAGUACAGCAGACACCCAGAGGCAGCGGGAAGGAGAUCCAGGCGGUUCUGGAGACGAGGACGCUGGCCCAGCAGAGGAGGAGCAGGUGGCACAGAGCUUUGUUAUAGUGGAACAAUGCAGAGACUGAAGAGCAGGUGGAAACAAGCUGCAGAAGAUCUCUGAGCCAAGGUGUAAGUGUGCUGGUGGGAGUGUGAAUUUUCUUCCUUCUCUCACUUUAAACCUGUUCUGCUGUCCAGCUGCAGAGUGCCACACAGAUCCACAGUCACUAACAUGUUCAUUUGCCAAAAUGACGCUUUCAUAGUUUCAGUGUAUUUGGGCAGCUUUAUGCUGGAUGCCCUUCCUGACACAACCUCCAAGGCAGUUUUGUCUUCAGCUGGAAUUGAACCUGCAACAUUUUGAUUUGCAAGGGAAUGUGUUAACCGCUAAAUCAUCGGAGGCACUCUGAAAAGCAAAACAUGUGCGUUACUGCUUGGUGGUUGAGCUAAUUAACCAGUAUGUUGUGCUAUUUACAGCACCCUCAUAAUUUGACCCCUCCUCACGAACAGCACCUUUCUGUCUGCUCCGAAAGAGUUUCCAACGAUGGAAGUAUGUUUACAAUGAUCAAAGAUCUUCUUUCGUGCAAAUAAAGCACAGAUAGUCUUAUCAUCAUUUUUUAUAAAAUGUUAAAUUGUGAUUGUUGUGCCUAAAUGACCAAAAUCAAAGCUGUAUACCUUUGGUAUAUUAUUAAAGCCAUAUAACGUAAUGUAAACUUCUUGAAUGCAUCAAUAAAUAAUCAUGUUUUAUUUAAAAUAAAUGAAUAAAUUAAAAGAAAAUGAAGAGAGCUCAUCGAUGGGACCCAUUUACAGCUCUGGUUGUAACCAGCUGUGCAGCAUUUCCUGUAUAUUUACUUGUGCUGUUGUUUGUGAAAGCAGACUCAUUCACUGCUGUCAGACUAAUCCACAGGUAGAUGCAUUGCAUGUAUAUGCUAUAUGUCUGUGAAGGCCCUCAGUCAGUCGCAGCAUCAGUGCAGCGAGGAAUGCCCAGAGCUCUACAUUGGAGAGACCAAACAGCCACUUCACAAACACAUGGCACAACAUAGAAGAGCCACCUCCACAGGACAAGACUCAGCAGUCCAUCUGCAUCUAAAGGUCAAAGGUCACUCUUUCGAGGAUGCCAAUGUUCACAUUUUGGACAGAGAGGACAGAUGGUUUGAAAGAGGAGUGAAAGAGGCCAUCUAUGUCCACUGUGAGCGACCAUCUUUGAACAGAGGCGGUGGUUUACGACACCAACUGUCUGCCAUCUAUAAUCCAGUUCUGAGAUCCUUCCCAGACACCCUUACGCCCACUCACACCCUGGGCCACCCUGAUAGGGUGGGGCUAGGUUUUCACAAUGAGCUCACCCAAAACCCUGGCUGAUUGUGAUCCACACCCACUUUCACACCUUGGUUUGUGUGAUUAGACCCUUUUUAAAGCUCAGACAUGUAUAUGCUACCUAAACUAAAUUAAGUAAUAAAUACAUUAACUAGUUUUUAGUGUCACUCUGGGAUCUAAUUAUAGAGAUGUUGCACAAAUGAAAGUAAGCAGUCCUACAUAUCUGUUUAAUAUGUGCACUGAAGGUCCAAAAUGACUCAGGCUCUUAACAGGAAUAUCACUUAUUGUGACUUCACUAUUACAAAGUUGUAACCCAGUAUUUUCCUGAAACUGAACAUACAACUGAGAAAAAUCCUGAAUCAGGAGCUGCAUCGUUCCAAAGGGCAGCAAUGGCGGUAAACUCUAAAGCAUAUGUUCACACAGGCUUUGAUUAAAACUUCUCCUUGCUGUCGUUCACCCUCGGCAUCGCAGGUUCAUCAACACUUGAUGGAAACAUCUGUACAUUCGUUCACUGGUGAAAGUUCUUCAUUGUGAUUGGUUUGGUCGGCAGCAUCAGGAAAGCUGAUGUUCACUGUUCAAAAA